AUGACAGAGUCUCUUCCCAGAGGAUCCAGCUCUAGCCAUUCUCUGCUCAGUGACAGUUCCAGCAGAGUCUCGCCAUCCACCGACGGACCUCCUUCAGCUCGGCGAAAGAACGAUGGCAUGCAGCAAAACCUGAACAUCAUCGGCCAUCAUGGCAAGAAUGGGCAGCACGGCCCCCCGGGUACAAACCGUCACGAUGAUUCAGGCAUGGUACUUGAUGCAUCAGAAAUCGAGGCUACCAAUGAUGUCGAAGAACUUCCCUUUGCACGGCCGCCGAAGUUCAAGCCCAAUCAGUUCUCGGGACCACAGCAAAGACUGCCGAUUCAUACUGAGGAUUUCGAAGAUCUGGAAGACCUAGCUAGUCUUCAAGACGAACGUCCUCAGAAGCUGAAGUCCAUCUCGCACCAACACCAAGAACUUUCAGGUCGGCGCCAUGGUGGUGGCCGCCAUCGCAAGGACACGGAACAGUCUGAUGGUAUGAACACUGGUGUCAAUGCCGAGAAUAGAAACGGUUCCCCCGUUCAUGAGGUCCACUCUGGGAAGACCACGGACGCGGGUAAAGACCACACAAAUGUCGAGAGCCAAAUGUCAGUCAAUUCUUCCAAGGAGGGGGACUUAGUUCCAUUGGAUGGUCAACCAGCCCAAGUCAAGAUAAGAUCUCGUCAGCGGCCCACGGUGCUGGAACAAAAUCCACCACCUAGUCAAGGUCUGGGCAUCCGUCCUUUUCACGAUGCGGACAAUAGCUUGCCUGGUGGCCUAGGCCGUCAACAGGACCAGGAAACACCCCAUGUGGAAGUGGCCGCCACAAGCACACGCCGGAAGCCGGAGAAAGACCGAGAAGUCAGACGGCCUGUCCUUGUUCCGCAGAUGGGCCCUCCAGAAGCCGUCAAUACCACAACCAUCCGCUCGCCCACUGAUCAAGGGGCUAAUGUAACACCUCCUGAGCGUCAAAACGGUCUGCCUCAAGCGAGUAAACAGCACUUCGAAUCGGUAGAGUCCCAGAGGCAGCGCAUGAGUACCCCCCAGAAACAAGACCUGGAGCAGCAAGUAUACAGCAUGCAACAAGCUCACAGAAGCCUCGUCGACAAAUCAUUGCAGUAUGAGAAAAGCUACAACGAACUCGCCGCAGACUCUCAGCAGCGGGCCGCUCAGAUGAGACACCAGGAGAACAGACUGAAUCGUGUGCUAGAGCAGCGAGAUCAUCUUCGGGCUGAGACCAGCAAAAUGCGGGCUGAGCUUGAAAGUUCUAGGAUCAAACAGUCCGAAUUACAGGAGCAUGUAAUCAGGGCUGAGGCCGAAAUCGAAAAGGAGGCGGGCCGAAACCGGAAACAUCGUGAACAGGCCAGCAAACAAACAGAGCUCGAGCUAAUAGCUCUGAAGAAGGAACAGAAAGUGACCAUCGACGGGCUGAAGGCGCAGCUAGAAGCGAAGCGAGACGCCUACGAGAACGAGAAAAGGGCCUUGAAGGACUUGCAGGUCGACUUUACAACGCUCAAAGAACAUUUGUCCGGGGCAGAAGCGAAGGCCAAAGGCUUGGACAACCAGCUGACCGAGAUCAAGCAGAGCAACGACCGCUUUCAGAAAAUUGAAGCAAUUAUGGCCAAGAUCUUCACGGGUAUUGAGAAUUUGGCUGAGAAGUCCGACAAGGCCGACGUGGUGCCACCUCAGAUCGUGAAAAAGCUUGAUGAAAUAGCGGGAUUUGCGCAGCGUGCGUCACGAGAGGACAACGAUGGGACCAGAAAGGUCCUAGAUGCCUUCCAAGAACAGCUGACAUCCAAGAUUGGUGAAAAAAUAGUUGAUAUGACGAAGGGGCAAGAUAUCAUUCAGGGCAAAAUGCAAAGCUUGGAGGAAUGCUUGAAGAGUCAGUCGAGCCUUGCCGAGGCCGAACAAAAGAGACAACAGGAACAACAGCAGCAGCAAAUCACCGAGAAGAGCGCCGAGAACGCGAGGCUUGCACAUAAUCUCGAUACCAAGGACAAACAGGUUACCGAGCUGACGAAGGCUGUCUCCGAGAUGGGCCAGAGGCUGCAGAGAUUUGAAGAGGCUCUGGACUCAGUCGCGCAAGGAGCUGCCUCGGAAACAGAACUUCAGGCAGCCCAGCAGAGUCUGAACACCAGCGAGACUCGAGUCAAUCAACUGAGAGCAGAACUCCAAUCCCAGCGCGCGACCUACGAGUCUGAGAAGACGGACCUUGAGAAGCAGCUGGAAAAGGCCAAGGACGAUUUGAAAAAGACCGAAGACCUUCUCAAGAGCUCAGCGGAGAAGACGGCUUCUGUAGAGCGCGAAUUCAAUGCAGCAUCGGACGAAAAGCAACGCAAGUUGGAGGAGACGGUGAAAAAGGAACAACAAGCUCACCAGGAGCUGAAGCAAAAGCAUGACGAGCUGUUCGCCGAACAGGCUCGUCUCCAGGAGGAAAGCGCAGAGACCUCCAAGCGUGAAAAGGAAAAGUUUGAAAAGGCUGAAAAGGACCUCAAAGUUGCCGAACAGAGGAUCACCAACCUUACCAUGAAGAUCCGCGAGACCCAAACAACAUCAACUACUGCGAACCCGAACGACCUUACAUCCCAACAAUUGGAAGAUCAGCUAAAGAUGGUCAGAGAGUGCCACAGACUGAUGGAAGACAUGCAAGCCGGCGGGAAGGAUCUCUCCAGAGGAAAGUCUGGUGCCCCUGAACCUAGCAACAGUCUGCGCGAUGAGAAGCAACACAGUCAUGCUUCGAGUGAGCAGCAGCACUCUGGGGCCUCAGGCAAUGCAGACGCCGGCAGUAAUAACGAGGAACCCGAGCUUCCCGAGGUGCCAUGCACAGAUCCAAUUAACUGGAAGGACAUUCUCAAAAUCAGCUCAAGCUCGUCGGAUGGUAUUUUGGAGGAAGACAGCCAGCAAAAGAGUGGAGACACCUUGGAGGAGGACCUUCAACGAAAGAGGAUAUUGAUGAAGAGUCCCGUUGAGGCAGCAGACACCGAAUUAGCGGCGCCUUCGGUUUCCCAAGAAAGAGCGCAGCGACACAACUCAACAAGCCAGGGGUCUCAACCCAGAAGCAUUCUUCGACCAGGCUCGAGCUAUACGCCAACGGCAGCAUCUACAGAUACUGCUGAGUCGGCCCGGGAACGUGCUCUCUCUACUCACUCUGGCCACACUGAGUAUAACCGGCCAGUCGGAAGUCGAGAUACGAUCUCAUACGCCCAGUUCAGUUCCUUUAGUAGCCGCAAGCUGCCGAGACCGCAGCUUCUUGAUUUCCGGAUAGAGCACAAAGGCAACAAGCGAGUUCGAACCGAGCCGCCACAGGACCGACAAAUCAAGAAAAUCAAGCACGUCAGUGACCCCAGGGAUCGCGAUGACGUUUUCACUGAUCGCUUGGAGAACGCCGGACAGCCUACUGGAAGCUUAGCUUUGGAGCGAAGCACCAGGGCCAGCACUGAAGCCCUGUCGAACGAGUCGCAGGACAAUUAUUCCAUGUCGCGCCAUUUCCAAAAGGGCACAUCGGCGAAGAAUGACCAUCAACCGCAGUCUAGACCACCACUUGCGGACAAGACUCCUCAGUCGUCCCAAAACGGCCCGUCUUCAACUGGACGUCGCAACAUUACCCGAACUUAUUCCAAACUUCCUGUCAAGACUUAG